UAUAAUCCACUUUAACAAAAAAAAAGUUCCAGAUCAUCGAAAAACUCCAAAGCAGAACCAUGGCUUCCCAAAUAGUUAGCCUAGUGGCUUUGCUUCCAAUCAUCUAUGUUCUUGUUAUAUCAUCAUUAUUACCAUCACAAGCUUUAGCUUAUAUACCACAAUUUUCAAAAACCAACAACAAUGAUUUAACCGUAAAUGCCUUUGUUCAAUGCUUAGAGCAACAUUCUAAUCCCUCAGAUUAUCCAAUCUCUGAGGUAAUAUACACCCCAAACAACUCCUCCUUCGAGGAUAUCCUCAAUACACGAGCCAACAACCUCCGCUAUCGACAGCCGACGACUCGAAAGCCGUUGCUGAUCGUGGUUCCUAGGACCGAGCUCAAUGUGGCUACAAUCGUUACUUGUGCUAGAACCAAUGGUGUUAAAAUUAAGACUAGGAGUGGGGGCCAUGACUACGAGGGGAUCUCGUUCACGGCCCCCUUUCCUUUUAUUUUACUAGAUAUGUUUAAGCUUAACAAUGUUAAGGUCGAUAUUAAAAAAGAGACAGCGUGGGUCCAAUCUGGAGCCACGCUAGGACAGAUCUAUUAUAGGAUUGCGGAGAAGAGCCCCGUACAUGCCUUCCCCGCGGGUGUGUGCCCCAGCGUGGGCGCUGGGGGACAUUUUAGCGGGGGAGGGUACGGGGCUUUAAUAAGGAAGUAUGGGUUAUCUGUUGAUAAUAUUGUUGAUGCACGAGUUGUUGAUGCUAAUGGAAGGAUUCUUGAUAGGAAAGCUAUGGGAGAGGAUUUUUUUUGGGCUAUUUGUGGUGGUGGGGGAUCAAGUUUUGGGGUCAUUUUGGCUUGGAAGCUUCAACUUGUUCGUGUACCAUCCAAGGUGACUGUUUUUAGAGUUACCAAGGAUGUAGCUUCUCCAGGAGUGAAUCACAUCUUGUACAAAUGGCAAAAAAUAGCUCAUAAGCUCCCUAAAGAGCUUAUUAUAAGGAUAGAAUCAAAUGUGAGUCCAACUCCUGAAGGCAACAUAACAAUAACCGCGGAUUUCCUCACACUAUUUCUUGGACGCAAACAAAAGCUUCUUCACAUACUGAGCAACAGCUUUCCUGAGCUAGGAAUUACACCAGAAGAUUGUAAGGAGAUGUCAUGGAUCGAAUCAGCGAUGUUCUGGCAUCGCAUUCCUGAAGGCACACCACGCGAAAUCCUGCUCAACUACGACAUAAUCUAUCCAGCAUAUCGUAAAAUCAAAGGUGACUUCAUCAAGAAACCAAUCCCUGAAUCUGCACUACCUAAACUAUGGGAGAAGAUCAUGCAGACAGGAGAAGUUUAUAUGGAAUGGACUCCUUAUGGAGGAAGGAUGGAUGAAAUUGAAGAAUCCGCGACUCCUUUUGCUCAUCGAAAGGACAAUUUAUUCAUGAUUUUCUAUGAUUUGUUAUGGAUUGAGGAUAAUAUGGAUGAAGUUUACUUGAAUAAGGCAAGGGAGUUAUAUGAUUUUAUGGCACAUUUUGCUUCUGAUUCUCCUAGAGAAGGUGUUCUUAACUAUGUUGAUUUGGAUAUUGGAACUUCAUGGGAGAAGUAUUUUAAAGGCAAUUUUCCUAAGUUGGUGUUGGUUAAGACUAAGGUUGAUCCUACUGAUUUUUUCUCUCAUGAACAAAGUAUUCCUACAUUGUUUAAGUUGUUGGAGAACAGGGAGUUCCGUAAAGGUGGCUUUAACAGUCUUUUGCAUUUGCCUAUGUAAAAAAUUGUUUUAGUCUAGGAGGUCUUUGAUAAUCUUAUGGAGUUAAGUAUAAUUUAUAAUCCCUACUAUGUAUUGAAAGCCAAGUGCUUAGACUUGUAUUAUGAACAUACCAUCCAUUAUUUGAAAUAGCAAUAAAGUCCAUCAUGUUUGCUUGGACAUUGAAAAAAAAAUCUCUCAUGAAUAUUUUUCAUAGCAAAUUUAUACCAUACAUUUUAUA